AUGGUGCUCUGUGACUUUGGUAUGUCUCGCGUGUAUGCGCCGCGGUUGAUGCGCUCGGAAAGAGACACAGCCAUGGCUCGGUCGCGCAGUUCGGUGACGCCCGCGCGCCGCCCUUACACUGGGCCCGACUCCCCGUCGACCCGCCUACUUUUCGCCGACGACAGCAAAAUAGGCAUUCUGCAUUUGGCGCCACGAACGCCCGAACCAGACAAUAAUGACAGAAAUGACAAAAAUGAUGCCCGCCUUCGUGACUCGCGGCUUGUGGCAUUCCAUGAGUUUGCUUCCAAGGACACCACCUUGCCCACAGACGCCGACACCGACCUUCCCCACCUGCACAUUGGUCUGUUGCCGUAUGCUUCGCCCGAGCUUCUCAGUCCGCUGCCUCCACCUUUGGGUCCGUCGGCAGAUAUCUGGGCACUCGGAGUGUUGCUCUACACCAUGGUGGUAGGACGUUUGCCUUUCGAGCAUCUGUAUGAGCCACGGUUGCGGGCAAUCAUCACUGCCGGCCGCUACGAUCGCGGUGCAGUGGAGCGCGCAUGUCUCAUGGACACGGAAAUCAAAGAGGGCGACGAAAGCAUGGACAAAGAAAAACCGGGCGAAGAUGGCGCGGGCAAAGAGUCCGCGCAGGUGCCGCACCCGCAAAAUGGCGCCCAGGACUGCAACAACGAGUGGUUUGUGCGCAUGGUGGAAGGCUGUUUGGAGCGCGACAUCACACGCCGGUGGGAUCUCGAUAUGGUGGCUGCUGCCCUCGACGCAGCGCCGCUCUAG